CUCUUAAAAUGAGUUCUCGUGGUUCCUACCUAGGAACCAACCUCUGGCGCCUCUGGCCCGCCCUCCCCGGGCUCUGGUGGCGGCUGGGGCUGGGGCUGCUCCUGGGGCUUCAGGCCGCUCGCUGCGCGCCUUUUUACCUCCCCGGGUUGGCUCCGGUCAACUUCUGCGAGGCAGACCGAGGGACUCCUACCUGCAAGUCAUCUGUAGCACUAUUUGUAAAUAGGUUGGAUUCAGUGGAAUCUGUGCUACCUUAUGAACAUAAUACCUUUGACUUCUGUCAAGACUCCGGAAAGAAAAGCCCUUCUGAAAAUCUUGGACAAGUACUAUUUGGAGAACAAAUCACAUCAUCUCCUUAUAAGUUUUCUUUUAAUAAGACAGAAACAUGUAUAGAAGUUUGUGUAAAAUCUUAUGACACAGCCAAUGAAGAUCAAAAGAAAAAGCUGGAUUUUUUGAAGAAAGGAAUACAACUGAAUUAUCAGCAUCACUGGAUUAUUGAUAAUAUGCCAGUGAUAUGGUGUCGUGAUAUUGAAGGCAGAGAAAAGUACUGCACACCAGGAUUUCCGAUUGGAUGUUUUGUUACCAAAAGUGGUAUAGCCAGAGAUGCUUGCAUUAUCAAUUUGGAAUUCAAUAAAAGUAAUACCUUCUACCUCUUCAACCACGUUGAUAUUACCAUUACAUAUCACAGGGAAAAUGAAACAAAUUGGAGUAUUGCAAGAUUGGUUUCUGCUAGACUUGAUCCCAGAAGCUAUAAACAUUCAGAUGAAAACCACCUCACUUGUCAUGGACCGCCUAUGGAAAUUCCUGGAGAAUAUACAGAUAAGUUGAAUGUAACCUACACUUACUCUGUGAAAUUUGAGGAAAAUACAAAUAACAAGUCAGGCUCUAGAUGGAAUUAUGUUUUGGAGUCUAUGCCUGAAACCAACAUUCAGUGGUUCAGCUUUAUAUUUUCCUUUGUUAUCAUUCUCUUCUUAUCUGGAAUGGUGGCUAUGAUCACACUAAGGACUGUCCAUAAAGAUAUUACCAGAUAUAAUCAGAUGAGAUUUCCGGAAGAUGCCCAGAAGGAAUUUGGUUGGAAGCUGGUUCAUGGGGAUGUAUUCAGACCUCCGAGGAGCAGAAUGUUGCUAUCAGCUUUCCUGGGUCAAGGAAUACAAGUUUUGAUUAUGACGUUUAUUACUUUACUUCUGGUGUGUCUUGGUUUCCUCUCCCCUGCCAAUCGCGGCGCUUUAAUGACCUGUGCUGUUGUAUUAUGGGUCCUUCUGUUAUUAGUCCAGUAAUGGAUUAAAUCAAAUGUAACUCUUCUGUCCUUUACUUACUCAGCAUUUCGAGGUGUUCAGUGGAAGACAAAUUUUUUGCUGACAGCACUGCUGUGUCCUUGUGUCAUCUUUGCAAAUCUCUUCAUCAUGAAUCUAAUUCUUUGGGUGGAGGGGUCAUCGGCUGCCAUCUCCUUUGGUGCUUUGAUAGGUAUUUUUGCAAUGUGGCUUGGAAUUUCAGUACCACUAACAUUUUUGGGUGCAUACAUUGGAAGCAUGGGAAAGUUUAAGCAUCCAGUUCACAUCAACCAGGUUCCCCGCCAGAUUCCUCAGCAAACUUUCUUUAGGAAACCACUUUUUGGAAUCAUAAUUGGUGGUGUUUUACCUUUUGGCUGUACUUUUAUUCAACUUUUUUUCAUCCUAAACAGUAUUUGGUCUCAUCAGAUGUACAUCAUGUUCGGCUUUCUUUUCUUAGUCUUUAUAAUUCUCCUGGUUACUUGCUCAGAAGCUACAGUGUUGCUGUGUUAUUUUCAUUUGUGCGCUGAGGAUUAUCAUUGAUGGUGGAGAGCCUUUUUUACCAGCAGUUUUAUGGCUGUUUAUCUUUUUAUGUUUACAGUUUAUUACUUCAUUACCAAACUUCAAAUCGCGGACGUUGCAAGCACUAUUUUGUACUUUGGGUACUCGAUGAUCAUGGUCUUGAUUUUCUUCCUUUUCACGGGGACAGUUGGAUUUUUUUCCUGCUUCUUUUUUAUUACUAAAAUCUAUAGUGUGGUGAAAGUGGAUUAAAGAAUAUCUCCAAAGGCUUCCAGGCACAUCACUGUUGCUUUUGAAUAUAAAUCUAGAUCUAUAUGAACAUCUGUCGAGAUAUGUCUGUGUGCUUCCAAUGGCAUGU